UACAUUUCUUUUGCCUUGAACCUAAACUUCAGUUUUGGCGCGCGCACGCCAUAUUUGCAAAACAGCUGUUUACUGUCUGUCUUCCGUUCCGCUGUCGCGAUUUGUUUUUAUUCAAUAAAAUGUGUGUAGAGGUGUGUUAAUCAAAUAAAAACGGUUCACUAACUGUGAUACCUCAACAAACAGUGUUAAACGACAAAGAUUUUCGCUAAAAAUGUGCUGACAACAGUGAAACAAAACAAUGGCUUGCGGAAGGCACGAUUUCGACGACGACGACAUUCCCACGGAAGAGAUCGAGUUUCAGAAGAAAUGGAGCAGGUUCGCGGACUGGCUGCACUGCAUCUGCGUGGUGACGUUCGACCUGGAGCUGGGGCAGGCCAUGGAGGGCGUUUACCCGCCGGGGGUCUCCCUCACCGACCAGGAGAAGAGCAACAUCUGCUACCUGGCCUUCCCGGACUCCAACUCGGGCUGCAUGGGCGACACGCAGUUCCACGUGCGACUGCGCUCGCGCGCGCGCCUCUCGCGCCGCCAGCUCGACUACAACGACGACGGCGUGGCCAGCCUGCGCGCCGACAACACCCACUACUGGGGCUUCGUCUACUUCCGCCAGGUCAAGGACCCCUCCCUCCCCCGCGGCUACUUCCAGAAGAGCAUCAUCCUGCUCACGCGGCUGCCCUUCAUCAACCUGUUCUACAAGGUGGUGCAACUCAUAGCCCCUAAACACUUUGAGGACGGGGAGAGCAGCUUAGAAGCUGCAUGUCAUGACAUAAACCGCUGGCCGCCACUUGAGCCAGGGCAGAAUGUGCUGCUGCCCGUGCUGGGAACUGUGUUCCAGUCUUACAUUCCAAACCAACAGACUGGCAAAAUUACACGGUCUGAUAUUGCUAAGCCAGCUCACUCGUCUGGUGUUCCUCAUGUGUUGGCUUCCAUACAGGAUGUUAAUGUGUUUGAUGCACUUUCAAGUGUGAUCUCCCAUUUGCAUUUGCUCUGGGAGUUAGUUAUAACAGCAGAACCCAUUGUAGUGAUGGCCAGUUCACCCACAGAAUGCUCAGCCAUGGUGCAAGCGUUGACCAACCUCAUACAACCACUUUGUUAUGCGGCAGAGUACAGACCUUAUUUCACAAUACAUGACAGUGAGUUCAAAGAAUUCACCAGGAAGCAAUUCAACCCACCUUGUGUAAUACUGGGCGUAACAAACCCAUUCUUUACAAAAACAUUGCAACACUGGCCUCAUACAAUCAAACUUGGUGAUUCUGCAUCUAUUAAGACUAAACUGCGGAAGGUCGGCAAUAUGAAGCUUUUAGACACAGCGCCUGGUGUUUACACACAGUACAAAACAUUCCUUGAGAAAGACAAAGCUAUUAUAAAGAAGCUGCAUAAUGGUAUAAGAACUGACAGACCCUCGGAAGUGCAAACAGCCAUGGUCCGGAGGCACCUGCUGGAGCUAACGCAGAGCUUCAUGAUCCCCCUAGAGAGGUACAUGGCCUCGCUCAUGCCUCUGCAGAAGAACAUAUCCCCAUACAGAGCCCCUCCCGUGCCAAACCCAUUCAACCCUGAGGACUUCUUUGCCACACUUCAACAGACUGGGCCCCAACUCACUUCAGGAGUAAAAGGAGAUUGGAUUGGUCUGUACAAAAACUUCUUCAGAACUCCGAACUUCAGUGCGUGGUUCCACGAGCGGUACAGCAACCUAACAGGGAAGCUCAGUGCCCUGCAGCUAGAAGCCCUGGCCGAAAGUGACUUGAAGAAGUGGUCCAUUGGGAAAAAAGAAGUGGAGAUAGUAGACAUGGUUCUAAAGUUGAAGGAGGUUUUAAAGAACAGGCCCCCGGUUACGGACAAUACGAGGACGCUGCUAGCGCGGAGGUUGGAGGACUUAAACAGUGUGUUGCCAGAGGACAUGAAGAAUAUCCUGAAUGCUGCGUCAUCAUCGUGACAAACAGGCGACUCCUCCCACGUGAGGGGUUGCGGCUCGGGCUGCAAUAUCCAGGCGCUAUGUGAUUACAUGCCAGUAGUGUAUGCGUAAUGUACUGUGUAGAUUACCAAUGGUGCAAUUAUUUUGUUACAAAUCUACGUAAAAUACUUACUAAGGUUUAGUUUCUCACUAUGUUUAAUGUUUAGUUUAUAAUGUGAUGAUGAUAGCAGAUUAUGUAAGGCUAAAGUAAACUAGACUUGGCCUGCCUUAUCUUAGCCUGCAAGACACCUACUACGAAAUAUUAGUAUACCUAGAUAGGUAGUUUUUUUUUCUAAUAAUAAUAUCUAGGUAAGCCAAUUAUCAAAUAAAAAAUAUUGUACAUAUUUUGACCUGUAGUAGAUUGUAGUCAAGCAAGAUAACAGAAGACUUCUAUUAAAUGAAUUUAAAUGAUAGUAUUUGUUGGCGACAUUUUAGUACCUACACCUCUAAAACUUAACCCAAAGUUAACUUAAAGGCCUCAUAAACUUAAAAUAACUGAAAAAAAUAAGAUGUGAGAUCUAGGAUCAGGCUGAUACUAAUUAUUCUGUAGGUCAGAUGAAAUUACAAGUAAAAUAAUCUUCAAAAAUUACAAUC